AUGAAGGCCUCAGGUAUCAUUUCAAGAGUACAAGGUGAGGGGCACUGCCUCCCCACCCCCAAAUGCAGCCCUCUACCCCCCCAUUGCAUACAUAUCUUUGUACCUCAUCAUUUUGUUGCCCAGGCCACUUUUCAUCACUUUGUGUCUCAGCAGAAGGAGAAGAAGAAGUCUUCAAGGAAAAUUGCCCACUGUGGACGGGUGUUCAAGAAAUCCCCCUUAUGGGUGAAGAACUGUGGCCUCUGGCUGUGGUAUGAUUCCCACAGCGACCCUCACAACACCCACCAGCAGUACCGGGACCUGAACACUGUGGGUGCUGUCACCCAGUCCUACCAAGACAUGGGUGUCUGGCACUGUGCCCAGGUCCACUUGAUCCAGAUCACUAAGGCAGAAGAGACUGGAGCCAGCAAGCACCGCCUAACGGCAGUCAAGCACUUCCAAGACUUCAAGAUCAAAUUCCUGCUACGCCACAAGGUCCUACCUUGCCAGCACAAGCCAUGCUUCACCACCAAGAGACCUAAAACCUUCAUUUAG